ACUCCAAGGAGAAAUUUCUUUUAACUAUUUUGCUCUGUUCCACUAUUCAUUCAUGUAUGCAUUCAUUCUUUCAUUCAUGUAUUUAGCAAACAUAAUGCAGCAUUAAGUGCCAGACAUUGUCUUUUAUGAAGACACACAAGACCCUGCUCUCUUGAAGCUUACGUUUUCAUGCAGAAUAGAUGUAAAACAAGUAAGCACGUAAACCAGAAGCACAUAAAUGAUCAACAAGAUAAUUUCUGAUGGUGCUUAAGGCUAUGAAAGAAAUAAAGCAGAGUAGUCUAGUGCAGAGUACAUAUACCUCUCUGUGCCUCAGUUGACUCAUCUGUAAAAUGGAAAUGAUAAUAGAGGUCUACAAUUCCAAAAUCCCCUAACUGAAAGCUUUGUCAUAAUUCAGUUGAUGGUAAGCACGACUUGAUCUGAACUCAUUUGGAAGUGCAUCUUGACCUGAACCGUAUUAUGUAGUAGUAGUAGUAGUUGUUGUUGUUCUUCUUCUUUUUUUUAAAUCCCACUUAGAGUGGACAGUCCUGUGCUUCACUGCACAUAUUUUUUGUGUGUUUGAUUAUGAGAUGCUGCCCCAGACUCCAGUUGGAGUAUUACAUAAUACGAGGUACAUGCAUCAUAUUACCUUCUAUGAUCCGAAAAAUUCUGAGUUCCAAAACACAUCUAGGUCCAAAGGCUGUGGAUAAGGGAUCGAAGACCUCAUGCAGUUAUUAUGAGGAUUAAAUGAGUUCAUAUAUGUAAAGCACUGAAACCGUUGCCCAGCAUAUGGUAAAUGCUACCUAAGUUACCUACUGUUCCUGCCUUUAUCACUAUUCUUACAUGGGAGGGUAUUUAGAAAAGUUGCCUAGAGACGGCCUCUCUGAGGAUGUGUCAUUUAAGCAGACAGCCAAGGGAUGAGAAUGACCUGGCUGUGGGAAGAGGAGGAGAAAGAUAACUUCGGGAAGACGGAACAGCAAGUGCCAAGACUGGCUCAAGUGCAGAACAGAAAACAGGCCGGAUGUCUGGUGUUUCUAAUGUGGACCUCGAAGAGACAAUUUCUCAUCCUUUUUAACAUGAUCCUAAUUUCCGAACUCCUUGGGGCUAGAUGGUUUCCUAAAACUCUGCCCUGUGAUGUCACUCUGGAUGCUCCAAACGCCCAUGUGAUCGUGGACUGCACAGACAAGCAUUUGACAGAAAUUCCUGGAGAUAUUCCCACCAAUGCCACCAACCUCACCCUCACCAUUAACCAUAUAGCGGGUAUCUCUCCAGCGUCCUUCUACCGGCUGGACCACCUGGUAGAGAUCGAUUUCAGAUGCAACUGUGUACCUGUUCGACCGGGGCCAAAAGACAAUGUGUGCACCAGAAGGCUGCAGAUUGAACCCAGCAGCUUUAGUAAACUCAUUUAUUUAAAAUCUCUUUACCUGGAUGGAAACCAGCUUCUAGAAAUACCUCAGGAUCUUCCUCCCAGCUUACAGCUGCUGAGCCUUGAGGCCAACAACAUCUUUUCGAUCAUGAAAGAGAACCUAACAGAACUGGCCAACCUAGAAAUACUCUACCUGGGCCAAAACUGUUACUAUCGCAAUCCUUGUAAUGUUUCGUUUUCCAUUGAAAAAGAUGCUUUUCUAAAUAUGACAAAUUUAAAAUUGCUCUCCCUAAAAGAUAACAAUAUCUCAGCUGUCCCCACUAUUUUGCCACCUACUUUAACUGAACUCUAUCUUUAUAACAACAUCAUUGCGAAGAUCCAAGAAGAUGAUUUUAAUAACCUCAAUCGACUGCAAGUUCUUGACCUAAGUGGAAAUUGCCCUCGUUGUUAUAAUGCUCCGUUUCCUUGUACACCCUGUGAAAAUAAUUCUCCCCUACAGAUCGACCUAAAUGCUUUUGAUGCAUUGACAGAAUUACAAAUUUUACGUCUACACAGUAACUCUCUUCAGUAUGUGCCCCAAAGAUGGUUUAAAAACGUUAACAAACUUAAAGAACUAGAUCUUUCCCAAAACUUCUUGGCCAAAGAAAUUGGGGAUGCCAAAUUUUUGCAUCUUCUCCACAACCUUGUCCAAUUGGAUCUGUCUUUCAAUUAUGAACUUCAGGUCUAUCAUGCAUUUAUGAAUCUGUCAGACGCAUUUUCUUCACUGAAAAACUUGAAAGUUUUGCGGAUCAAAGGCUAUGUCUUUAAAGAGCUGAGAAGUUCAUACCUCUCCCCAUUACAUAAUCUUUCCAAUCUUGAAGUUCUUGAUCUUGGCACUAACUUUAUAAAAAUUGCUGACCUCAGCAUAUUUAACCAAUUUAAAACAUUGAAAUUCAUAGAUCUCUCAGUGAAUAAAAUAUCACCUUCAGGAGAUUCAAGUGAAGAUGGCUUCUGCUCUAACAUGAGAACUUCUGUAGAAGGUCAUGGGCCGCACGUCCUUGAAGCAUUACAUUAUUUCAGGUAUGAUGAAUUUGCAAGGAGUUGCAGGUCCAAAAGCAAAGAGCCUCCUUCUCUCUUGCCUCUUAAUGAAGAUUGUUACAAGUAUGGGCCGACCUUGGACCUAAGUGGAAAUAAUAUAUUUUUUAUCAAGUCUUCUGAGUUUCAGCAUCUUUCUUUCCUCAAAUGCCUAAACUUAUCGGGAAAUACCAUUAGCCAGACGCUUAAUGGUAGUGAAUUUCAGCCUUUAGUGGAGUUGAAAUAUUUGGACUUCUCUAACAAUCGGCUUGACUUACUCUACUCAACGGCAUUUGAGGAGCUACGCAACCUGGAAGUCCUAGAUAUAAGUAGUAACAGCCAUUAUUUUCAAUCAGAAGGAAUAACUCACAUGCUAAACUUCACCAAGAACCUCAAGGUUCUGAAGAAACUGAUGAUGAACAACAAUGACAUCGCCACCUCCACCAGCAGGACCAUGGAGAGCGAAUCUCUUAAAAUUCUGGAAUUCAGAGGCAAUCAUUUGGAUAUUUUAUGGAGAGAUGGUGAUAACAGAUACUUAAAACUCUUUAAGAGUCUGCUGAGCUUAGAGGAAUUGGACAUCUCUGAAAAUUCCCUGCGUUUCUUACCUAGUGGAGUUUUUGAUGGUAUGCCUCCAAAUCUGAAGACUCUCUCCUUGGCCAAAAAUGGGCUCACGUCUUUCAAUUGGGGAAGACUCCAGUACCUGAGCAAUCUAGAAACGUUGGACCUCAGCUACAACCAACUGAAGACUGUCCCUGAGAGAUUAUCCAACUGUUCCCACAGCCUCAAGAAACUCAUACUUAAGAACAAUCAAAUCAGGCACCUGACAAAGUAUUUUCUACAAGAUGCUUUCCAGUUACGACAUCUGGACCUGAGCUCAAAUAAAAUCCAGGUUAUCCAAAAGACUAGUUUUCCAGAAAACGUCCUCAACAAUCUGAACAUUUUGUUUUUGCAUCACAAUCGGUUUCUGUGCAACUGUGAUGCUGUGUGGUUUGUCUGGUGGGUUAACCAUACAGAGGUGACGAUUCCUUACUUGGCCACAGAUGUGACUUGUAUGGGACCAGGAGCACACAAGGGCCAGAGUGUAGUGUCUCUGGAUCUAUAUACCUGUGAGUUAGAUCUGACUAACUUCAUCCUGUUCUCACUUUCCAUAUCGGCAGCUCUCUUUCUGAUGAUGAUCACAACAGCAAACCAUCUCUAUUUCUGGGAUGUGUGGUAUAGUUACCAUUUCUGUAAGGCCAAAAUAAAGGGCUAUCGACGUCUGAUAUCACCAAAUUCUUGCUACGAUGCUUUUAUUGUGUAUGACACUAAAGACCCAGCAGUGACAGAGUGGGUUUUGGAUGAGCUGGUGGCCAAAUUGGAAGACCCAAGAGAGAAAUGUUUUAAUUUAUGUCUCGAGGAAAGGGACUGGUUACCAGGGCAGCCUGUUCUGGAAAAUCUUUCCCAGAGCAUACAGCUUAGCAAAAAGACAGUGUUUGUCAUGACAGACAAGUAUGCAAAGACUGAGAAUUUUAAGAUAGCAUUUUACUUGUCCCAUCAGAGGCUCAUGGAUGAAAAAGUGGACGUAAUUAUCUUGAUAUUCCUUGAGAAGCCCCUUCAGAAGUCCAAGUUUCUCCAGCUCCGGAAGAGGCUCUGUGGGAGUUCUGUCCUUGAGUGGCCAACAAACCCACAGGCUCAUCCGUACUUCUGGCAGUGUCUGAAAAACGCCCUGGCCACAGACAAUCACGUGACCUACAGUCAGGUGUUCAAAGAGACAGCCUAGCCCUUCUUUGCAAAAUGUGACUGCCUAACUUACCAAGGAGAGGCUCGGCUGCCUAGAUUGGCUCAUCCGUGUCCCACCAAAAGAGUGUUUUAAACUUUUCCAAGCCCUGAGAUUGCCCAUAUUGGAGAGGAGUCACCGAUAUAUGACAGAGGAACUGGAAAAUUGGGAUUUAUAUAAGCGUCAAGUCAUCUUUCUUAGCUCUCUCUGUCUCCAUUUGCAGUUGAGUCUCUGCCUUCUGCUCCUGUAUAAAAUACUGUUGGGAGAAGGGUGGCAAGUAGAGGACAUGGCACUUUGAUUCUCCUGGAAUUGUGAUUAUUACGUAAACACACAGUCACUAAAUUGAGAAGAACUGCAUUUCUACCCUUAAGAAGUACUGGUAUAUAUGGAAAUAGGGUAAAAAAAAAAUGCUCAGGGUCUACCUAUAUGACAUUAAAAUGCACCAGAGUUAAUUAGUGGGAAUAAACCAAAAACAAAAACAGUUAACUCCUCAACCAAUUGCUUGAGUGUAAUCUAGCACCCCCUUCUGUGCAGACUGAGUGUUGGCACCCAACAGGUGGUUGCUGCUCAAGUGCUCCUCGCUCGUUUCCCCUGGGCCUGUUAUUGGGUUCUGUGGGGAAAUAGAAACAUCUUUGCCAUUGAUGGACAUAGUCUACUUACAAAUGGGAGAAAAAUAAAGUGCUCUGCCUUUAUGCAAAAUGAUGCUCUUCACCUUUGAUGAUAAUUUACCUGCUUAAAUAUUGCUGUGGACUAAAUGUUUGUGCCCACCCCCAAAUUCAUAUGUUGAAAUCCUAACCCCCAAUAUGAUGGUAUUAGGAGGCGGGGUUUUUGAGAGGUGAUUAGAUCACGAGAGUGGAGCCCUCAUGAUGGGAUUACUGCCUUAGAAGAAGCAGCCAGAGGACUGAGGAUACAAAGAGAAGUGGGCAGUCCGCAAGCCACAAGAGGACUCUCACCAGAACCAGAUCGUGUUGGCACUCUGAUCUCAGACUUCCGUCCUUCAGACCUGUGAGAAAUAAAUGUUUGUUCUUUAAGCCACCCGGUUUGUGAUGUUUUGUUAUAGCAACCAAGCUAAGACAAAUAUUUUCAUCUGCAUUGAAAAGUACUGUAUCCAAAGAAGAAUUGCCUCAUCCAAUGAUCUUUCAAACUGCUUUGUUAACUAAUACUGUAUAUUUAUAAUCAUCUGAAAACUUGAUCCAUCAACAUUAGACGAUUUUGGUGGUAAACUCUGAAGAAGGACCCCAAGAGCGUGUAUUUAUUUAGAAUUAUCAGGCAGGGAUGACAACUGCAUGGAUUCCUUUAAAUUUGGGGGGCAGGGGGAGGAACAGAGGUUUAUCGACCUUAACACUGAGAAAGCCUCAGUCUUGAGCUUCGGCUUCACUACUCAAAAAAAGAACAGAAAGGACCAAGAUGUUCUGAAGGCACACCUUCCAAGUGGGUAUAAAUCUGCAUGAGUUCAAAGUUUGAAACGUGACCAAUGUGCUUUUAUUUCGUGAAAGAAGUUAUCUACAGAGGUGUCUGUGCCCUUUGGAAGAUAGUGUGUAAGGGUUCACAUCUGAGAGUAUGAGCUGGGAGAUACUGUAUUUUCCUCGUAUGUGGAAAAGCCAAAGGUUUUACUUUAAGGAUGGCUAUCAAUACACAGUAUAUAAAUUAUUUCCAAAGGACACAUAAUCAAUUAAUAAGAGUCACAAAUUCCCAAAUUAAUCUCUGGAUUGAAUAGAGCCAAUGAUCUGACAACCUCUAUAAACUUGAUUGUACUUCAUAGAUACCUUCUUCGGUGAAAACAAAGAUAGCAUCAUAAAAAUUGGCUUUGGCAUGAUAAACUUUCUUCUAUUAAAACACAUAAAUACAGGGACUUCCCUGGCGAUCCAGUGGUUAAGACUCUGUGCUUCCACUGCAGGGGGCACGGGUUCGAUCCCUGGUCGGGGAACUAAGAUCCCGCAUGCCACGAGGUGCAGCCAAAACACACACACACACACACACACAUAAGGUUUAAGCUAUUUUGGUGAUUCAUGAAGCACUUGAAGACACCUUAAAUAUAUGAAAUGGAUCAAGAGGAAGGGAAACUGAGAACAAUGCAACUCAGAAACCACAACGUAUUUAAACAUGAGAUUGUGUACAGUGGUUUGUUGUAAGAAAUGACCAAAAGCACUUCAACAGAUGGUCUUCAUUUUAAUUCCUUUGUAAUCUCGACAAGUCACUCUUUUAACCUCCUGACGGUCUUCUGUGGAGUCCUGUUCUAUUGGAGCCAUUCAUAGAUGGCACAGAUCAAAAGCCACCAACUCAGGCCACCAGGAGCGCAUGAUGGCUAGUUCUCCUGCCAAGCUCUGAGUGUCCUGCUCUCAGCUGACCCGCUUCUGGUUGGCGCUGCUCUAGAAGGGACUCCCGAUUCUCCAUAAAUCCCACUCUACCAUCAAGGGGUUCCCAACCUCUUUCAACCCUGAACCUGGCCAGGGUGUGUCCUUCCUCCUCGGAUAGAGGCUGUACCUCAGCAAGACUUGGGCAUCUGUUAGGAUCCAAGCCAAGGGAAGCAUUAGGCAGUUUCUUUUUCGGCUUUAGGCACCCACGGCAAGCCUCGUGUCCUACACAAGAAUGAACAGAAAGAGCCGUUGUUGCAGGUGGAUUCUUCUGUUCGGAAGCGGUGGUUUGGGAAUCAGAAUCACCGAAGGAGCUUGGAAACCAUGUGGUUGCAGGCCUCCACACCAGAGGUCCUGAUCUCUGGGACCCAGGACUCUGCAUUUCUGAAACUAGCCCAAGUGCUUCUGAAGCAGCUGCUCUGCAGAGCCCCGUUUGGGAAGGGCCACAUCUUCCUUUGGGAUACCAGGGACUGUUAACUCAGGGAUCACUUCAGCAAAGAAAGCCCGAACCCCCAGCUGGCAGAAGAUGAGCCUGAAAAGGACAAUGAAAAGGAGGAGACAGAGAGAGAAGAAAAACGAGGAGAGCAGUGUCUAAGAAAUCAAGGAAGCAAGGAUGAUGAGGACGGCGUCACGUGCCACUGAGAUGAAGAUGAGGACUGCAAAGUGUCCAUUUAAUUGAGAGAAAUGGAAGUGACCCUCGGGAAGCUUGUUAGAAAUACAGAGUCUCAGGUCCCCCCCCGAAACCUCCUGAAUCAGAAUCUACGUACGUUUGAACAAGAGCCCCAGGUCCCCAGGCGAUUCCUACACACGCAUUAAAGUCUGCUAACAGAGACUUAGGUCUUGAGCCAUGUCCAGGGUUUCACGGUAUGUCCACACACGGGAUUUCACUGCAGCCUUGAUGGGUUGAAGCCAUCUGCGGCCCUACGAGUGCAGUGGUGCUCAUUGACGCCAGAGGAAAGGGUCACAGCCAGCGCCUUGAGUGGCCCUCCCGGCCUACUGCGGGAAACAGCCUAGAGUUUGCCCCUGCCUUCACUUGUGCCUGAAUUCCUGAACCGAAGGCUCUGGAUUCAACCUUUCGAGG